AAAUUCACGCUCAUAGAUAACCAUUCAUUUCAAAAGCUAAUAACAGCAAAGAGCAAGCCAUGUUUCGCUUUAGCCAGAGGUUAUUGUUCGACUCGUCGGCAAACGAUUUGCAUAGAGCCAUGGCCUCUACGAAACACUCACUCCUGGUAAUGAUGAUGAUGAUGUCGCUAAUAACAUACGGAAAUUGUCACGUAUGUGGACCGCCGGCAGUGCCGCUAAAUGCCAAAGUUCGGACAGUGUCCGGUGAGACGGGCAUAUCGGAAGCCCAUUACACAUGCGAUGCCGGUUACGAGCUGUUUGGAUCGCCGACAGUCAAAUGUGACUCGCGAACCGGCUGGGAGCGAGAGCUGCCCUUCUGUGGUGUCAAUGUCGCCUACCGGAAGCCAGUUAAUCAGAGCUCCUAUACGCGCAGUGGACCGGCCAGCUAUGCAAAUGAUGGCAAGCCAGGCAAUAAGAACCCAGAUGGGCAGGAGUGCUCAGAAACGCAAAAGGAACCAUCGCCAUGGUGGCGUGUGGAUCUCUUGGCACCGCAAGCGGUGCAUGUGGUGCGCAUUACAACGCGAGGCUGCUGCGGCCAUCAACCGUUGCAGGAUCUGGAGAUACGUGUGGGCAAUAGCAGCGCGGAUUUGCAGCGCAAUCCACUGUGCGCCUGGUACCCGGGCACACUCGACGAGGGCAUUGUGAAGACUUUCACUUGUGCCCGACCGCUAGUUGGCCAAUAUGUGGCCAUACAGCUGGUUGGUGUCGAGGGCAGCUUGAGUUUGUGUGAGGUGGAGACAUUUACAAAUGAUGAAUUUUCGGUUGAUCGCUGCUUGAGUCCCAAAAUUGGCGUUGAUACCGUUGUGACAACAUUCUCAAAGACAUGCUACGACUUUCAUGUAACGAAAGGAGAAAGCUUCGAAAAAGCUCAAGACAUAUGCAAGCAAACAGGUGGCAAUCUCGUGCACGAGUUUCGUGGCGCUACAAGUCAAUACAUUUUAUCGGAAUUGGAGCGUCGAAAGUCCGAGCUGAAACCGCAGUUGGUUUGGAUUGGCGCACAAAAGGAACCGGGCAUUACGUCUCGCACCUGGAAAUGGGUGAAUGGUGAAGUAGUGCAGAAGCCGGCAUGGGGCAAGGACCAGCCAAAUAAUUACAAUGGCGAACAAAAUUGCGUUGUCUUCGACGGCGGACGCAAUUGGCUCUGGAACGAUGUUGGCUGCAAUCUGGAUUAUCUGCAUUUCAUAUGCCAACACACACCUUUGUCCUGCGGCUCCCCGGAUGCGAAGCAAAACACAACGGUACUGGGCAAAAAGUUUACACUGGGCGAAAAGAUUCAAUACGACUGUCCAAAGGGCCACUCGCUGCUCGGCCACGCAGAGCGCGAGUGCAAAACCGAUGGCACUUGGAGCAACUCGGCUCCAAGCUGUAAAUAUGUUGACUGCGGCGCACUGCCAGAACUCAAAUUUGGCUCGAUACAUCUGUCUGAGGAUCGCACCAGCUACGGCGUGGUGGCCACGUACAGCUGCCACGAAAACUACACGUUGAUUGGCAACGAAAACCGAACAUGCUUGCAGGAUGGCUGGAAUGGCAAGCAGCCCGAGUGCCUGGUCGACUGGUGUCCAGAUCCACAGCUGAUAACGGGCGGCCAUGUGAAGUUCAAUGACAAACGAGCUGGCUCCACGGCCACGUAUGUGUGUGAACCGGGCUACGUGCUCGUUGGCGAGGCCAUCAUUUCCUGUGGAUUGGGUGGCGAAUGGUCGAGCAAAACGCCAUCGUGCAGAUUUGUUGAUUGCGGCGCACCCGCUCGUCCGGAUCGUGGUAUAUCGAUUCUACUGAACGGCAGCACGACCGUCGACUCUGUGGUCAAAUACGAGUGCGACGAGGAUCACUGGCUAGACGGGCCGUCGGAGCUGUACUGUACUAGGGACGGCAAAUGGUCGGGAGAGGCGCCCGUCUGUGAGCUAGUCACAUGUGAAACGCCGCAAGUGCCAGCCGGCUCCUUUGUCAUCGGCUACGACUAUAAUGUACACUCGAAGAUACAGUACAACUGUGACCCGGGCUAUAUAAUGCAUGGGAAUCCAGUGCUUGAGUGCCUCGACACUGGCGAUUGGAGCUCCGACGCGCCCUACUGUGAAUAUAUCGACUGCGGCACCAUAUUGCCCAUACCCUAUGGCACCCUCAAAUAUGUGUCCAACACAACGCAUGUCGGCUCAGAGGUGAUUUUCAGCUGCACGACAUCCCACAAGCUGAGCGGCCCGCUCAAACGGAAAUGUCUCGAAUCGGGCAUCUGGAGCGAAUCCUCGCCCAAAUGCGAAGAAAUUCGCUGUCACGAACCAAUGUUGCCUACGCAUAGCCUGUUGUCCGUCACCGGCAAUGAUCGCAUGUACGGCCGUACUCUUAUACGGACAGCAGAUUCCACACAGAAUACGGCCCAAACAUACAAAAUUGGAGCGCUGGCAAAAUACCGUUGUGAGCGUGGGUAUAAAAUGGUGGGCGAGGCACUGGCUACCUGUACGGAUAAUGGCCAGUGGAGCGGCAUAAUACCAGAGUGUGUUUAUGUGGAGUGUGGAGCUCCCGAAAAUAUAACAAACGGCAAGGUCACAUUGGCAACGAAUGUCACCUACUAUGGAGCAGCUGUCCUCUAUGAAUGUAAUGUCAAUUACAAGCUGAACGGCGUCUCGCGACGCUUGUGCACAGAGCAUGGCAACUGGAGCCACGAGGCGCCCAAAUGCGUGGAGGUUGUCUGUGAUAUGCCAAAUGUAAGCGAUAGUCUAAUUGUUGAGGCAGACACUCGGGCUGUCGGCUCGAUGGCUCUGUUCAAGUGUGCCAAGGGUCGCAUCUUGAUGGGCAAUGAUACGCGCAUCUGCCAAAAGAAUGGCAAAUGGUCGGGCAAGAAUCCGACAUGCAGACCUGUCGACUGCGGACGACCAUUAGCCAUUGACAACGGUCGCGUCAUCGUGGUCAACGAUUCCACUCUAUACGGCGGCUCUGCUGAGUAUCACUGCAUUCCCAACUAUCAGCGCAUUGGCCAGUAUUUGCGUAAAUGUACCGAGGAAGGUGCUUGGAGCGGAAAACAGCCGCAUUGUGAGCUGGCAGCUGUCGAGGGCCAAGAGAGUUCGGAACUGGGCACAGGUGUGGCAAUAGGCGCCACAGUUAUCGUCGGCUUGCUCGUCAUCUUUGGCCUCAUAUUCCUGUAUCGCAACAAGGCGAGGCCGGUGAAAAACACAGAGAAUAUUCAGGCAGCCGAAACGAAAGAUGAGCGCAACGCUGCCGUCAUGUCCUAUUCAACGCUGGAGGCAAACAAUCGCAUGCACAUGGAUAACAAUCCAUCGGCGACAUUCAACACAUUUCAAGGGGGAGCUGCGCAUCGGGGAGCUCGCAGUAAUGACAACGCAGUGGACGGCGAACGAGUGAACAAUCGCUCAGAGAACAUUUACGACCAAAUACCAAAUGAACAGUUUUAUGAUGCACCUUACGAGAUGCGAACCAAUGAUGAGGUAUACGAGCCUGAGCCAGUAUCCAAUAAUGUGAUCACAAUCAAUGGCAUUUCAGUGCGAUAAAGAGCAUGUAACAUAGUUAGAUAGAUGGCUGGCUCGUUAUAAGCAUCAAUAUGCGCAUGCAUGCAUCAUUAAUGUUAACUUGUGUUUAUAUAUGUAUAUAGUAAUUUUAGAAAGGACGUGAAUAAUUCGAAGUAUUCGAAUGACCAUUUAUCGCCUACUACCCAUGCCAGACACACUAGACAACUGUCAACUCUUGUAAUUGUAACACAAUCUAGUGCAGGAUGCUUCUCUGACCCGAUACUAUCUAAUUUUUAAUCAGACAUGUGCACAUGUCUGUCCGUCUGUCUGUUGUUUAAAUAUUAGCUAAUGCAUUUGGAAUGUAUUGCUUGCAGUAUUGAUAGUUCCUUUCACUAUCCAGUAAUUGAUUACUUAAGAUCCAGAUCGAUUUACAUUCUGCGCUCUUAUCUAUACCACUCCGCUUUAUCAUAAGCGCACAUUUGGGUGCCAUAUUUAAGCCCUGAAGACUUGGAUUGGACUAAAAGCUAAUGCUGAGAGAAGAAGAUCGAGAAACUCUGAUUGUGUUUAUGUAGAAAUGGAAUGCCCGUCUGGCUGGGUACAGGGUAUCUGUUAGUCGGCCGCCAUCGACUAGAGCACUCUUAUUUGUUUUUUUUUUUAAAUUAUUACUAUAUAUAAAUUUACAUAUAUAUAUAAAGCGAAAUAUGUAUGAUCGGAAUGUACAACUUUGUUAUGCAAUGU